AUGUCGAAAUUCACUCUCGCCAUCGUCGCCGGCGCAUCAGCCGCUGUGGGAGCUGCAACGACAGCUGCCCUGUUUGGCAUCGGAGGAAGAAGAGGCCGCGAGACCAACACCAUCCCAGUCUCCUCCACAGUCACUACCGCCCCGAUCGAUCCCACCCGCACAAUACCACCUCCCCCGGUGCCCAUCCGCCGAGACGAUCCUGGCGUCCCCGCCGUGCCUCCUGUGGACCCGUCUGGAGUGUUCCAGUAUGGCUUUCCCGGGCCUGUGGCCGACCUCCGCGCCGCCCCGUCCUUGACCUCAUCCUUCGACCGCGCGAGAAGAAACCCUCACUGGGUCGCGGAACAUAUCACUCCCGCGUCGUUGAUGUUGAACAACGGCAACAGGAGACACUCCGUCUUCGCCGAGGACCUGUCCAUCCCGGAGAAGUUCCGAGCAAAGCUCACCGAUUACCAACGCAGCGGCUUCGAUCGCGGACAUCAAGUCCCCGCCGCCGAUGCCAAAUGGACGCAAGAGGCCAUGGACGCCACCUUCGCCCUGUCCAACAUGUGUCCCCAAGUCGGCGAAGGCUUCAAUCGAGACUAUUGGGCGCACUUGGAAGACUUCUGCCGCCGCCUCACCACCUUUUACCCUUCCGUGCGCAUUGUCACCGGGCCCCUGUAUCUUCCCAAACGGGACGUUGAUGGGAAGUGGAAGGUGUCGUACGAAGUUAUCGGCCACCCGCCCAAUGUCGCGGUGCCCACCCAUUUCUACAAGGUGGUGUUCGGCGAAGACGGCAAGACGGGAGGCAAGGUGUCUAUGGCUGCAUUUGUCUUGCCGAAUGCACCAAUCCCCAACGACAAGCCGCUGCAGGACUUUGAAGUACCGAUUGAGGCUGUCGAGCGUGCUUCCGGCUUGGAGUUCGCCGGCUUACUGCCGCCCGUGAGAAGGAAGAAGCUGUGUCAGGAGGUCAGCUGCAGUAUCAUUGUCAAGCAGUACGAAGAGCGACAAAGGAACCCCUUCAACCCUCCCCCGUUGAAGGGAACACCACCGCCCACUACUCUGACGGAGAGAUGA